AUCCCAAACCGCAGCCCGCACCUCUCUCCUCUCCCUACCCCCGUCGGCGUCCUCGUCCCCGCCGGAUGCCACUCGCGUGGGGUGGAGAUCCAUCCGGACUCGAUGAGUCGAUUAAUUCUGCUGUUGGUUAGGAUAGGAUGCCCUAGCUUGCUCGGACGAGUCAUGAGUCGCACCAACUGUUUCGUUCUCUCCAGCCGGUCCAGUUCGUUGCGGAUAUCGUUUGCUGCGUAGUGGAGUACGCAAUUGUGCCGGUGGUUUGGUUUAGUUCCCGAGAUUUUUUAGGGGUUCAACUAACCACCCUUCCCCCCACCUUUAACUCCGCCGCUGGUUUGCUCUCGCCGGCUGUCCAUAGAAAGUUAUCUGACUGGUCGACGACUUCAGUUAGCUGUGAAGUAUUGAAGUUUGUUUCCCUAAAAAGAAAUAAUUUUGCAAGGCCGUGCCAUAUGCAAAAUGGUUCUCUGUCAAGGCUUAUCAGCUGGGAAUGCUCAGCUGCUAGCUUUUCCUGGUAGGUCAUCAAGUCUAAAGGCCACCCAGUUUCAUGUUAAGAGGAAUAAUUUUCCUAUGCGAGCUCUGCGAGUUGGUACUGAUUCUGUCCAUCAUGGCAUGCUUACAUCAUUCCCAAGGGAGAAUUCUGUCAAGGCUAUUCCAUCACUAUCAACACGGUACAAUCAGCAUCGAAGGUCUGAAGUUGGCUGUCGAGCAUCCUCUCUGUCAUCAUUCAGCUACCCCGAGCUGACUUCCAAACCCAGAUGGUGGUGGAGAACUCUAGCUUGUGUGCCGUACUUGCUGCCACUCCACAACAUGUGGUCAUAUGCUGACGCCAUCUACCAGCUGCACACAUACUUGCAGGGGUUUUCGCUAUUGUACACCUUCAUCGACACCAUGACACUGCUUCCUGGGUGGCUCUUCCUGGUGAUUUUUAUGACAGUCUACUUCUUUGUUGUGAGACGAAAAUGGUCACCGCACUUCCUGAGGUUCCAUGUAAUCCUGGCUAUCCUCCUGGACACCGGUUCCCAAGCAGUGGCAACAAUGUGCACCUGGAUGCCAGGCAUCGUGUAUCAGGGGAAGCCCAUGCAGUACUUCUGGAUGUCUAUUGCGUUUAUACAGAUCUUCACGGUGCUCGAGUGUAUGCGGUGUGCUCUCGCUGGAAUGUACCCAAAUGUCCCCUUCAUUUCGCACACAGCAUUUAUCCACUCUGACCUGAAUCUGUUCAGGUAGCCCACUGCUUACAGUAUCAGGUCUAGGAUAUCGCAAGGGUGGUUUUUUUGUUCCAUAGACUGUUUUGUUCAUAUCGAAGCCUCAUGUGUAAUUGCUAUCAGUAUGGCGUGCUGGUACAACAGAUUUUGAACGCCAAUUGCUGUUGGUAUGGCUUGCUGUUACAACAUAAUUUUUUAACUCCAAUUGUUAUAGGUUUGGCGUAUUGUUUCUA